GAAGCAGCUCGAGGAGGACGAGAUUCAAGGGCAAAACAAGGUCGCAAUAGUUGCUCUAAUGAUGGUUACUCCACUCUACCUAGUUGAUGAUGGCCGGCUGGGCGAGACCUGUUCGCGCAGAGGGCUGGCUGGCUGCCAUGGGCUGGUAUGGGGCAUGCUGGGGGAUGGAUCGGGGGUGCAUGUUGACAUGGCAUGGCACGGACGGCUGUUCGUCAGUCAGUUGCCAGAUGCCAGUUGCCAGAUGCCAGUUGCCAGAUGCCAGUUGCCAGUGUCGCAGUGGACGUACGACGGACGUGCUCGACUCGACUCUCCGUAGUUACUCUACCCUAUCUGCUAGAGAGACACCAAAGUGCAGAGUGUUAUCGUAUCUCUCUUUCCUCACAUCUGUACCUCCGUCUCCCUGCCCACGCUCCAUUCGAUUGUACUGGUCACCAUCGUGCUUGGGCCUGUACUACUACCUAGUACUCUCGACGCGGAUCCCGAACCGCAACGGCAACAUAUCGACUCAUAUCCACCUACAGAGCCGCCCGCAGCCCGCCCGCCGCCCGCCUCCACCACCACCACUGCCUCCUCCCCUCCCCGAUCCUCCAUCCUCCAUCCUCAAUACCGAAACCAGAGCGAAGCAAAAAAGCUUCAUCAUCUCGCCCUGUCCGACUGUCUGCUCCACCACCCUUUCCGCCGUCGUAACGACCAUCAAUUUUUUUUUCGGCCCGGCACUGCCGCGAGAUUGUUUUGGAGGGGGUGGAUCGAAUUUCGUCUAGCGAACUGCCCUAGCACCCGCUGCUCCGCUGCUGCCUCUACUCUGUUUACAUCUCGCUCCCCGGCUGUUGUUGAAGUGACGGA